ACUUAGAAAGGAGUAGGAUCCUCUCCUGAAGCAACUGGUCCUCCAUUGAGAUGCGGGGUUCGACCGAGGCCACUACGGUAGUUCGAGUAAAUCAAGAACUGUUGUCUUACGUGGGCUUCGGUUGAGGGCUUGUUCUAACUUUAAAUUGUAAAGUUAUUAGUUAUUAUUUUAGUAGCAACCGACUGGGUUAUAACGUUAGCUAUCUAACUUUGUGUGUUGCUGUAGCUACCGUUAGCUAACUGGUGAGAGGUGAGUUUGUAAUGCUGUGUGUUAUGUCUCGUACCUUGACUGUCAUCCACGUGUGGCUACUGGUUUUUAAUUAGCUCCCGGGCUAACUAGCAGUCAGCUGAUUUAACUAGCUAGCUAGUGGCAGACAGAUUAGCCUAGGCAGUCGAUAGUGGCUAAACUAGUACAGUAGCGGAUGCAAGCGAGACGUUAUCUCACUCUUCGCAUGUUUGUUGUCAAUUCUAGCCUCUUCGCUCCAGGAUACCUGUACACACAGCUCCUGGAGCAGAGGCUAUGCCAAUUCUAGUUUUGGGGCACGAUGACGUCAAUUCCAAACAUGGCCAGAGAACUGUCCAUGUAACGUCAAUGAGCUACCUAAUGAACAUUUUAUUAGGCUAAAAACAAACAUGUUAUCCUUGCCUAGCUAUACGGCAUCAACUUUUCUCAAGUGGCAUUGUAUGAUGCCACUUGUUGCAUCCCCGACAUUUUCUUGCUUUAGUGUGCAUAAUCAACUAGCUUAGCUAGCAUGCCUUUGCUAACAUGUCAUCCUUCACUGUGUGUGUGGAUUUGAAUGACGUCUGCUGCACGUGGGCAGGUAGCGAGGUAGGAAGAUGGUUACACAAAUUGAGUGACCCAUUUCAAACUAGUUUGUAGGAUCAAUUACCAGUCAUUUGUCAUGCAUGUGUAUGGAAUUUAACUUUUGAUGACUGUUUUCUCAUCUUUUGUGGACAUGCAAGCAAAGAGUUCCCUAGUCUCACUACAUCAACUACCAACCAAUUCUCAUGAAAGAUAAAUAAAUCAUGCAAUCACAGUGCUUUGACAUCCAUCAAACACUGAUUUGGAUCCUGCCAUCUGAUUUCCUGCCAUCCACCCCCCCCCCCCAUCAACUUCUUUACAGUGAUCUGCUGUGUUAACUUCAUGCUGCUUGUUUGAUAAGUAUCACCCCACUACAUCUCAACCUCCUGCAUGACUCCUCCCCCCCAUAAUCAUCUGGCCCUCAGUCCAACUGCAUGUGUCCUCCCCUUUCCUGAACUGAGAGGGCCUCCACUAAACUGCAUGCGCUCUCCCUUGAACUGAACUGAGUGGGUCUCCCCUCGGCGCGCCUACUUUUCUGUGAGUGCUUCACUGACCAUGGGGAAGGACAGGGGGGGUAAUGCUAUGGUUCUGUCGUCGAAGAGGCCGUGCCACGGGUGGGGGGACCACGGUCGCGACCUGGAAAAGCUGCGUUCGACCCUGGAGGUAGAGAAGUGCCGUAACCAUCAGGCUCACCAGAGGUUCUCUCUGGAGCUGCGUCGGCUCCGCGAGGAGGCUGAGAGGGAGCAGCAGCGGGCCCUGAGGGAGCUGACGGCCAGGCACGAGCGACAGAAGGCCCUGGAACUCCAGCGGCUACAGGAGGUGCUGAGGAGGGAGCAGGCUGCUGAGGUGAGACACCUGCUGAGAUACAAAGGACAGGAGUUAAAGGCGGUAGGCACUGGGCUGGAGAGGGAAGCUGCCACCAGGCAGGCCAGGGAACUGCAGCGCCGGCUGGUUGAGGAGGCCAACACAACCAUCACUAAGUCUGGGUGGAAGAGCAGGGGGGAGAACGUAGACAGAGAGCCUGGUUGUGUUUGCAGCGGUGCCAGCUGCCGUAAGCUGGAGCAGCUGCUGGUGAGGCUGCAGGUUACAGAUAGAGAUGGAGAGCAGGCUGAGUUCCUCCAGCGUCUCAGACAGGAGCUGGAACUGGAGAAAGACCUCUGCCACCUGCUUGAAGUUGACGGACAUGGACGACGACUAGGGACCAGGGAGGUGAAGGAGAGGAACCAGAGCUCCUCCAGGGCUCUCAAAACCAGGCACAGGUCUAAGAGCUGUGUCCAUCUCCUCAGCAGCAGCACCACCCAGGACCAGGAAGAGCACUCCCAUCGCAGUGGGCCUCCACCACUGGCCCGCUCCAUGUCCCUUUCCCAGAGCUCCAAGAGUCCCUCAUCCCCUCCACCCAAGAAGAGAACCAGGAGAGAGCAUAUGAACGUGGCUUCAGGAAGGAACCUCAGUGCAGCUGCCCGCUGCUCCUCUCCCCUGGCUGGGGACACCUGUCGAAGCACCAGCUCCCCUCAGACCACAUCCUCACCCCAUGCAGGCUGGGACCUCCAGUCUAAGUCGCCUGGGUCAGACAAGUCCUCGCCCUCCAAAUACUCUGACAAGGAUAACAUGGAGGACCACAUGGAGAAUGGCACUGACUAUGGGUUCUUGGUGCGUCAGAACUCUGAGCUGCUGCAAGCUCUGGAUGAGAUGGAGAAGACCUGCACCAACCUGAGAGAGGAGAACGGCCUGCUGAGGAAGAGCAGUGUCCCAGAGACUGAGGAGAAGGUGAGGCGUCUGAGGAGGAAGAACACAGAGCUGGCUGUCAUCGCUAAGAGACUGGAGGACAGGGCACGCAAACUACAGGAGGCCAACCUCAAAGUGGUGAACGCUCCAGUUCCGGUGCGGCCUGGGGCGGUGGAGCAGUACAAGAGGGCGUUUGCCCGUCAGAGAGCCCGUGACCUGGCACAGCAUGCAGAUACACUGCUCUACAAGGACAAGGAGAUUGCUGCCCUUCAGCAGGAGUGUAGGCAGCUAGAGACCCGUCUGGGCACAGCGCAGGGCUGCCCUAUCCCGUCCAGCGUGGUGGAGUUUGAGAGGCUGCUGAGGGAGUCCCAGAAGGAGGUGCUGAGGCUCCAGAGGCAACUGUCAGUCUCCUCCUCCAGAGUCACCUCCUCUAAAGAAACCUCCUGCAGGGAGCACAAUGGCCACGACAGGCCCUGCACACCUGAGGAGAAGAGGAAAGAGAAUGUUGCAGCAGAGACCCCGUGUGUGGCGUUAGAUGAGGCUCCAUCCAGGUGUGAGGAGACUCCCAGAGAGGAGGAGGAGUCAGGGUCGCGAGUGACCCCACCCUCACUGGGCCUCUGCCCCGCCCCCACCCCUAGCCUCUCCCACCAGGAGGAGCACACAGAGGAGCAGCGACUACAGUUGCUGGAACAGGAGCUGAGUAAGAAGAGAAAAGAAUGUGAAAACCUUGAGCAUGAAGUAAGGAAGAGACAGAAGAAAUGUCUAGAUUUGGAGAGCCUGCUUGAGGAUGAGCGGGGCAAAAAUGAACAACUAGAGGAGGAGGCAGAUCUCCUCAGGAGGAAGGCACAGCCGCUCGACCAGGCCCGGGUUGAGAAUGAGGAGCUGAGGGAAGACCUCUCUGAAGUGACCGCUCAACGUGAUUCAGUUCUCGAGGAGAACCAGAGACUCCGUGCCAAACUGGAGAACCUAGAGCAGGUCCUAAAGCAUAUGCGAGAGGUCGCCGAGCGAAGGCAGCAGCUGGAACUAGAACAUGAGCAGGCACUGGCUAUCCUCAAGUUUAAACAGGAUGAGAUCAAACGGCUACAGCGGGCUGAGUUUUUUGCCAAGAGGGAGCAUGAGGGGGUGGUACAGUUGCUGGAGACAACUCUGGACUGCAUGCAGUCUAAGGUGCGCGAGUUGGAGGAUAAAUGUCGCAGCCAGAGUGAACAGUUCGGCCUGCUCAGCCAUGAGCUGGAGACCUUCCGACUGCAGGCCGGCAAACUGGACCUGGCCGGCUCCGCACUCCUCACUAACCAUGCCCUCUGCCAUCUGACCAACGGUGUGGGCCUCGCUGGGGAUGUGGCGGCAACUCUCCAGAUGGGGGCCACCCCUCACGCUGCGGGUCUCACACGCUCCCCCACCACCAAGCACCGUGAGCUGCCCACCAUCAGCCUGACCAAGUCCUCCAGCUCCCCCAAGUCUGUCUCUGACACCACCCACCUCUCCCCAAAGUCGGCCGAGUCCCACCACAGCCCCCAUCACAGCCCACGCAGGACCAGCCCCACGCCACACGAGGUUGACACAGCCAGUGAAGUGGAGGAGUUGGACAUUGAUGUGUCCCCAGCACCUUACACCGCUCUCAGAGGAGCCGCCAAGCUACAGGUCUUCAUCGGCAGAUACAGCUAUAACCCCUAUGAUGGUCCAAAUGAUAACCCAGAGGUGGAGCUGCCACUCACCGCUGGGGAGUACAUCUAUGUUUAUGGCGGUAUGGAUGACGACGGCUUCUAUGAAGGUGAGCUGAUGGACGGGCGGAGAGGGCUGGUCCCCUCCAACUUUGUGGAGCGCGUCUCAGAUGACGACAUGAUGAGCGCCCACGUUCCAGAGGGCACGGACAUAUCCCACAACUCCUUGCUGGACAGCAGCCUGCACAGUGCCAGCCACCAGCACCACCUCCGCCUGGGGAGCCCAGGUACCUCUGAGAGGACCGACCCUACGUUUGCAGCCUCCAACCCAGGUCCCCUAUCCGUCUCUUUCCCCUCAGGGGAGCAGGUCCCGGCCCCCACGGACCCCUCCCUCCGACCCCUCCUCUCCCCAGCCCCCCUCACCAACGGCCUGGACCUAGACCUGGAGGUGGGGGUGGACACUGUGCCUUACCCGCGCAAGCUCACCCUCAUCAAACAGCUGGCCAAGAGCAUCAUCAUUGGCUGGGAUGGGCCCCUGGUGCCAGCGGGCUGGGGCAAUGUGUGGAGCUACAAUGUGUACGUGGACCAGGAACUGAGGCUCAACGUGCCCUUCGGCUCUCAGACUAAAGCUGUCCUAGAGAGACUAGACGUCAAUCUCAAGGCCUAUCGAGUGUCUGUGCAGAGCCUGACUGAGCGCGGCAGCUCAGACCAGCUCCGUUGCUCCAUGCUGGUGGGCAGGGACGUAUGUGUGGCGCCCACCCAGCUCAGAGUCGACCGUGUCACCGCCACCUCGGCCAGCCUGUCGUGGCUGCCCAGCAACAGUAACUAUGUGCACAUUGUGUCCUUGAACGAGGAGGAGAUGGAGCUGGUUAAGGCUGGCAGCUACUCGCUGUGUCUCAGUAACCUUACGCCCAGCCUGCACUACACGGUCAAGGUGGAGGCUCGGCCACACCAAACCCCCUGGGAGCUUCCCCAGGAGAGGCGGGAACACAAGACCGCCACCACUACCUUUACCGUGCUGGCCGCAGGUCCCCCUGAUGCUCCUCUGGAUGUGCAGCUGGAGCAGGGGCCCUCCCCGGGAAUCGCCCUUAUCAGCUGGCUGCCUGUCACCAUCGAUGCUGCUGGGACCUCCAACGGAGUCCGCGUCACCGGAUACACCAUCUAUGCUGACAAGAAAAAGGUGUUGGAGGUGUCAUCCCCCACGGCAGGCAGUGCCCUAAUGGGCCCGUCUCAAAUCCAGUCUCUUAUGACGGCCCACCAGCUCACCGUGCGCACCAUGUCCGGCCACGGGGAAUCCACCGACUCUGUGCCAGUCAACGUGCCCGCCAAGCUAGCCGCCAUCAUGACGGACCAGGCCUCGGCUACCUCCGCCCCUUGCUCCUUGUCACCCCCCGUUCACCAGUCACCACCCUACCAGUCACCCCCUGCCCACCAGUCACCCCCCUUCUUGUCUUCAUCACCACCCGUACAGCCCCAAUCCCCGUCCUAUGGGAACUCAGCUGCCAAAGUCUCCACGCUACCCUACGCCACGGCCUCACCGCCGCUAGACGCACACGCCAUGGUCCCUAACGGGGGGCUGCCCUCUGCCAACUCUCCCCCAGUCCACACCCUCCACACAGAGGCCUCCUCCCCACUCCCUGCCUCGUACGCAGAGGCCUGGGCCAACCCCUUAGCAAAGUCUCCUGCUCCCCCUCGGGAUGCCUUGGCAAUGCAUGAGGCCACCAUGUCACCUCCCGUAGCACCAAACUAUCAGGCCAAGUUGCCAUCAGUACCAUCAGCCUAUGAGGCUAUGAUGUCACCACCAAUACAACCAGCCUAUCAGGCCAUGCUACCACCAGCCUCUCACAUCAACACAACGGUCAAUGCAGCCUUGCCCCCCAGCCAGAGUCCAGUCCCAGGCCUAGUGCCAGCAGCCAUGGAGCAGAGCAGAGCAGUCACAGAAAUCCCCGGAGCUCCCCGUCCCGUCAUGUCCAUCACAGACUUUCUCCCCAUGGAGGACUACUCCCGUGCAAACCUUUCAACCCCUGAGCCCUGCCCCACCCCACCCCAGGACAGACACUCUCUCCAGCCCCCCAAAGCCCCCUCUCCCCUGGAGUCAGAACCAGACUACUCCAUGGAGAGGUCGACCACACGCCUGGUGUCCAUGGAGGAGUUCCUCAGGCAGGAGAAGGACCCAGGCUUCAGCAGGCAGCCACAGGGUUAUGCUGUUGGCCUGGUGGAGCCUCCGUACGGUGCAACAGAGAACAGUAGGGGCUCGGACCUGUCUGAUAUCCUGGAGGAAGAGGAGGAGGACAUGUACUCAGACCCCCCUGGACCCGCCCUGGCCCGGGGAUACACCACAGGAGCCGACAGGCCAGACCAGUGGGAGGUGCCAGACAGUGACGAGGAGAUUCUGGAGAGUAUCCUGAAGCUUCCUCCACAGGCCCAGGCUCAGGCCUACCACUACCAUCACGGUCAUCAUCACCUCAACAAGCACCUGUUCAGCAUCCCAGAGGUCACUGAUGAAGAAGACAACAGCGUGGACGAGGACUAUAAUCACCGUCGCCACCGAAGACAGUCCCAAGCCAGGCCCAGCCGCACACACCUCCAACCCGAUGACCCCCACUACCACAGAACCCGAGACCAGCCCCACCACCACCACCACCACAGCAGCAGAGCUGAAGCCAAAGAGCCUUUACCCAGACACAGUGGUGGUGGUGCUGUUGUCAGGGCUCGGCCCCAGCACAGGGUCCACUACGCAGACAGAGUAGACAGCAUCAGCUACCCUGAGGAGGGGGAGCUGGUCCUCGGGCCCAGUAAGGAGAUGUGGGUGCGUCAGGCCCCCCAGAAGGUCCACAGCAGUGGGGGUAGGAACGGAGUGGGGACGGUUGCCCUGGUAGGCGGGCUAGGGGACAGGCUCAGAAGAGAAGCCUUGCUACGGAGUCAGAUGGCGGUCGCUGCGUUAACGUCCCAGGCCACCGGCCACGCACCAUGCUCCUACCUAGUCAGCAAGACCGUUCGGACGGUCAAGUCCCCUGUGGGCUCGGUAGCAGAGAUCGACAUUGAGUAUGGGACUGACGAGGAGGAUCCAUUGACCUAUGACCGCGGGGAACGCGGGGAGGUGGUGGUGGAGCAGAUGAGUUCUGAGUGGUGGGUGGAGGGGUCACCACCUGACCCCCUCACGCUGGCCCUGCGCCGGGGAAAACCUGCCCUCCAGGCCAUUGCAGCUGCUGCAGCAGAAUGGGAGCCUGGCAGAGACCUGUCGAUGGAGGCUAGUGCUGGGUGGAGCGGACAGGCUGAGCUCUCUCCUAAGCUGACCAGGGCAGAGGCCAGGCAGGAGCUCAAUGAGAGCAUGGAGCCUGCGCGGCCUAUAGGAGACAACGAGGUGCGUAUCUUUGUAGCGCUGUUCCCCUACGACCCGGUUAACAUGUCCCCGAACCCUGAUGCUGCUGAGGAGGAACUGCCCUUCAGAGAGGGACAGAUCAUCAAGAUCUACGGAGAUAAAGACUCAGACGGGUUCUACCACGGCGAAUUGAACGGUCGUCACGGUUACGUACCGUGUAACAUGGUGUCUGAGAUUCAGGUGGAGGAUGAGGAGACCAGAGAGACACUCCUGCAGCAGGGCUUCCUGUCUACCCACGCAAACAUGGAGAAGAUAGGCACUCGCUCACAUGCAAAGCUUCCGCGUCGGCCUGUCCCACCGCCGAAACCGAGACGAUCCAAGAAAGUUGAGUCUACUGCAAUGUGGGAGGAUAGCUUAGAAUCUUCCAGUCAAGAUCCCAGCCAGUCUGGUGUUGCCAUGGCGAACCCAGCAGGUCCCGUUCCUCGCAAGAUGAAGGCCAUCUUUGACUACGACCCUCGAGAGAGUUCUCCCAACGCUGACAUUGAGGCGGAGCUGACCUUCAGUGCCGGGGACGUCAUUUAUGUGUUUGGUGACAUGGACGAUGAUGGCUUCUUCUAUGGCGACCUGAACGGACACAAAGGCCUGGUCCCGUCUAACUUCCUGCAGGCUAUGCCAGAGGCUCCUCGGAAAGCCCCACCACCCGACCCUCAGCCUCCGCCUCUAGCAGAGCCCAGGAAAGAAUUACAGGUGAGCCCGAGCACCUCCAUGGAGCAGACAACACCAGAGGAGGUUCCACAUUCACCCCUACAGACAGGGCUGACUGGCCCAGUCCACACACACAUCCACCACCUAGACCUGAAUCCAUCCACAGCAGCAGCCAUGAUAGACCCCUCCAUGGACCCUGGCCCAGGCGCAUACUAUCCCAAACCAGCCCCAAGACAAGCCGCCCCCAGAAUCAACACCUCUCCACCCCACGUUCCACCAGAAAGCCCCUCAAAAACAGACCAGACAGAUGCCUCCCCACCAGGCAAGAAAAAGAAAGGCUUCUUCUCCAAAGGGAAGAAGCUUUUCAAAAAGCUUGGAUCCAGCAAGAAGGAUUGAAACUUGGGACAUUUACCCCCCUCUUAUUGAAAGCACUUUUACAUGUUUGUUAUCAGUCUUUGUUGUCUUAGUCUAUGUUCAUUUAGUUGGAGUGUUCUGUCAUUACAGAUACACUAACUUGGCCUUGGCCGAUAUUAUACAGCUAAAUAUACCGCUUCAAUGGGCUUUCUUGAUAAUACCAGCUGUCAAUAGUAAUGGAUUUUUUUUAAGGCACUAUAACUCCACUAUGUGUAGGACAAGGUCUAUGAGGAGAUUAUUGUUUUUAAAUACGUUUUUGUAGGGUUUUAGGAUAAAUGUUGAAAAUGGGAUCUGUGGUAAACACAGGCUUAGGAGAUCUUAUACGUUUUUUUUUAUGAGAUCAUCUUCAUCAGCUAAUGUCACUUUUUGUGAACUUUCAAGCAUUUAUGUUAGGAAAAAAAGAACAUAAAGGCUUCAUAAUUCAUAAAGGUUAUGUUAACUGACUGAUAUUAUUUCAUAGAACAGAAAGUAUAAGAUCUCCUAAGCUUGUGUUAGUUAACCUCAGACCUUAUUUUCUACAUUUAUUUAUCCCAAAACCCUGUUCUUUCCCCAUUAAUUUUCCCCAUAGGAAUGGUUGAACAAACCAAAGGUAACUCAUUUCUGCUUUUUUACGACUACAAGCUGGCGAGCUCUAUAUGUGGAGCAUAUUUUGUCUGUAUCCGAAAUGGCACCCUAUUCCCUUUAUUGUGCACUACUUUGGGAAUAGGGUGCCAUUUCAAACGCAGAGAUUGUCAUAUAUAAAACGUGGCAGCAUCACUGACAGCAUGCUAAUGAGCAUGUUGAAGUAUUUAAACUCCUAACCUGUGCUGUGCUUACAGGCUGCCUCUAAAUACCCACCAAUUACCUAAUACGUGUUAACCAUUAGUAGUCCGCACCACUCUGUGAGGGUUUGUACUUAACGUUCAUCUGGAAGGAUUGGAUUUGCUUUGAGUUGAUCAGAUGCAGAGGUGAUGUUCAAAUGCUGCUCUAGACUCCCCAUCGUUAGCUUUUCUACGGUCCAACUCUAUCCGUGGUCCAACUCUAUUCGUGGUCCAACUCCGUCCAUGGUUCAACUCCGUCCAUGGUUCAACUCCGUCCAUGGUUCAACUCCGUCCAUGGUUCAACUCCGUCCGUGGUUCAACUCCGUCCGUGGUCCAACUCCGUCCGUGGUCCAACUCCGUCCGUGGUCCAACUCUGUCUGUUGUGGUUCAACUCUGUCCGUGGUCCAACUCCGUCCAUGGUCCAACUCUGUCUGUUGUGGUCCAACUCUGUCCGUGGUCCAACUCUGUAUGUGGUCCAACUCUGUCAGUUACACUGAGGAUGGAAGAAAACAUCUCUUUAUCUGUUGCCUGCUGUUUCUCAUCCCUGUAAGUUUUCAGGUCGAUCUGGAAUCUAUUCUACAUAGAUGUAUUUUAAACACCAGUUUGGUCAGUGAGUCGCUCUCUGUCCCAUAUCAAAAGUAUUGUUUUUAACGCUAAUUGUACACUUUCACUCAUUAUGAGCUCACUACAGUAUAGCUGAAUGGAAGUUUAACUCCGUCCAUUAUGAUUGACAACCAUAAAGUCAUUUAUUUUAGAUCGUUGAAGUUGAGUAUGUUUGGUAAAUUGUGUUUUUGGUCUGAGGAAGGAUGGAUCUUAUGGCCUCCUGAAGUGUGUAGACAAAGCGAGACUGACGGUGGCGAGACUGAAACCUAUCUAUGCUUUUCUGUCUAACGUUGGCGCACAGAACUCAUACUCGUGUGUGUGUGUGUGUGUGUGUGUGUGUGUGUGUGUGUGUGUGUGUGUGUGUGUGUGUGUGUGUGUGUGUGUGUGUGUGUGUGUGUGUGUGUGUGUGUGUGUGUGUGUGUGUGUGUGUGUGUGCGUGUGCGUGCGUGCGUGCGUGCGUGUCUGGGCGUGUAUGGGGUAAUUUCCUGUCACUGUACUGUCAUAGUAUAGUCCAGGGUCUGUCUUGAGUCUGUCCUUAUUCUUUCGGUGUAGAUGUUUAUUUUGUAAGGACAAUGAACACUAAAACGUUUGGAAGUGUUCAUUUUAUUCUACCAUGGUUAACAACUCAACUCAUGCACUGUAGCUGCAUUGUUUGAUCCAGCUGCUCCAUCCAGUAUAAUAUGCAGUAAUAGUUUUCUGAAGGUGUCCAAAUGACAGGCGAAGUUAGUAAAUGUAAUAAGUUGGUUUUAUUUGUGUGUUGUGUUGAAUACAGGGCUGGUGUUAAAUGUUAAUCAUUUCUCAGGUUCAACUAGUUUUAGUCACUCAGCUCUGCUCGGUUGAGCCACCUCGUUUCACUAAAAUGUGUCUGUUGAACCGCAGAGGGAGAUUCUUGCCAAAACAUUAGGUGCUUUAUCCGUUACUAUAACGAGGAGAUAUCAAGCAUGAAACACCAGGGGUGUGUUCAUUGGGGUGAAAUAGCUCAAAAUAUACAGCAUAGUAUGUUCUACCUAAUAACAGCCUAUGUGAGACAUGUUUGUUCUAUAGGCCACAGUUUUAUCUGCAACUUUCUGAACAUUGCUUGCGACCCAUUGGAUUAGCCCCAGCAGAGGGCGGAGUCUAAGCACACCUACUCCAGACGUUGGAGGAGGCAAAUUGGGUUUCUUUGAUGCUAUGAAUGUUUUGAGUUUUAUUUAUGUAUUAUUUUAAUUGUAUAGUUCUAUCAGUGUUACAAAUUAAAAGGGACCAUAACGAAUAGCAGAAAACGAGGAAACAUCGGUUGCGCCACUUUUGAGCUGGCCUUGAAUAAUCCUGGUAAGAAAGCAGAGAUGAUAUAUCAGUGCUGUACUGUACGAGUCGGGUUGUACUUUAAAGUGGCUGAACAUUUACAGUGGAUAUUUGUAUUACUUCACAGCCUUUAAUGGACAAAUGUUCCCCUACCUACCUGCUCUAAUCUGUAGUCAGAAAGCUAGUAGCAUUCAUUGUUGUUGCAAGCUUUAGGAGCGUACUACUACUGCCCAUGUCUGUCACCACACAGGCUACAUCUACCCUGCUCCUGCUCUGCUAUCUAAAUAGGACCUUAACCCUUAGCAAGCAUUUUGAUAUAGUUGACAUAAUAUUUAGCCUUACGAGACCUGUUUAGUCUUAAUAUGUUGUUUACACUACUUUAUUGAUUGCAUGCAUAAUAAUGUUGUUAUACCCAUAUUUGGCCUUAUUUAUUAUCGUCAUAUUUAUGUAUAGGUCUAACGUUACUUGGCAUUAUGUUUGCAAUAUUUUAGUCAUCUGAUUUGAUUAUUGAUGCAGUGGAAGCCAAGUGUGGAGUAUUAUGGAGUUUCAGGAGUCUGUGUGUGUAUGUGUAUUAUAAUUUACAGCUAGCUGUAAGUGCGGCACUAUGGGGCUUUGGACUAUAAGGUAUGAUCAUAUUUUCAUACAGAGAAUGGAACUUUUUGUUGUCUUUCCUGACCUGUAUAUAUGCUUUCUUUUGAAAACAAGGGGAAGAUUUACCUUUUGUAUCUUAAGGUUUGUAUUAACCAUUUUUGGAAAAGCUCACCUGUAAAUAUGUUUUUGUUUUGAUUUUGUUAAUAUUGUUUUUCAGAUGUCUUUUUUGCAUGUGGAGGCAGUGUUGUUGAUUUGAGGAGCAAUAACUCAGAAGUAGUGCACAGAGGACUUGUUGACUUGAAAUGGUGGCGAUUUCUUUCAAUAUGGAUCUUUUUACAGGAAUAAAGUAUAUUUUCACAUAAAAAGCA